AUGGUGCGCCCACUAGGCCUGCCGGGACCCGGCGUGAUCUGGCGAGAAAAGAUCCGACGUCUUCUCCCGCCUGUCAUCUCGUCGUUUCUCUGCUUCGUGUUCGUCGUGGUCAAGCCAUUGAGCAGCUUGGGGGGACAAUAUGCCUUCUUGUGCUAUACAUCCCUACUACUCUUCUGCUUUCCGGGCGGCACUAUUGGCGGGCAGCUCGAGGCUACCAUUCUCGGCAUACUCUUCACGGUCGCUGGCCUCGCAUGGGCAAUAGUCACUUUGGCUAUAGCUGCCUACUGCGGCCGAACGUACAGCUCCGACGGAGCGGAGGCAAGGACCGUCCUUGGCCUGGGAUUGGCGACACUUGCCUUCAUUGCCGGAUUCAUCCGGAGCUAUGCCCCUCGUCUGACUCUGGCUAGCCGAAUCGGACUCUUCUUCCCGGUGUUCCUUCUCACGAGCGAACAAGCAAUUACUCAGGUCACUGCUCGACUCUUCCUCGAGCAGUUCUACAUUGCCCUCUUCGCAGCCGCGUUCGGUCUCGUACCUAUCGUCCUGCUCGGUCACCGCUCGUCCGGGCCGGCCCUCGGAUGCGCCCUCCUCGGAUCGCUCUCCUCGGUCCAAGAAGUACUACCUAUCUCCCUCACUGUGUUCCUCGAGGACGAGGGACCUACUGCUACACCGCCAGCAUGGCACAAAGCUGUCUCGCCAGACCCUACUUCGUCUCCCUCCCAGCACGCAGAGCAAGCCAAAGAGCUCAAAUCCCGUACCGCCCGAAUCAGCCCCCUCCUCAAAGCCUACUCGAAUGAGAUGCUUUAUGCCCGUUCUCCGCCCACACAUCUCCAACCCAUCGUUACCGCUCUCAAAGCCGUCUCGCGCAACCCCCUGCUCGGUUCGUCGAACCACACACCCGGCGAGCGGAUCCAAGCGGCCCUCCUCCGCGUCAGGCAUCACUCUUCCUCUCGCCCCACGAGCGCCCUCGGUACGCCCAGAAGAGGCUCGUCAAAUCCUCGACAUAGCGACGGGGGCCGGUUCGCGCAUGAGCUGGAGAAACGGUUGGAUGCGGUGCCGUCUUACCUCCGGAGUGAGGUACCGAUGGCGAGGCAGGCGCAUACGCCCACGGUGACAGCAACUCCGGAUACGAGGCUAGCGGAGCGGUGGACUGAGCUCUCACGCUGUGUCUGCGCGGCGGUACGGAUAUCCGGAGAUCGUAUAGCGGGAGUCUGGGCCUGGAUCAAUCCUUUCUCUUCCUCUCAGCUGCCCGAAUCCGCGGUCCGCUCGGACCUCGUUAGCGCCAUCAAAGCCUUCGAGACCGACCUAGAGCUAGCGCUCGAUCCCGAAGAGAGCUUUUCUCGGGCUCUCAGCGGCUCUCGGACACCUGCGCGGACUCAGGAAUGGCGGCACUCGCUCGAGACCCACACCGAAAGGGACAACUUCCGGCUCGCGUUCCACAUGAUAUCGCUCCUGGAUCUAGGGCGGGACGUGCUAAAGCUGUACGAUGUGGUCGAGAGAGUCACCGCGGCGGCGCCAAAGGAGAAGAGGCGGUACAUCCCCUACCUACAUCGGUGGAUCCGGUCGAGGGCGGACGUGCAGCCUACCGCCUCGGGUGCUGCAGACGAGACCAGCCCGCCAGACCCAACGGGCGGCCUCGACUUCAUCCAGGCUGCUCUGCGGCGAGAGCACCAUGCUCAGCUGGAAUCAAGGGGCCGGCUCGACGCACUACGUCUGCUCUGGCGUUCUGUGUGGGACAGCCACAAAAUACUACUGGCCCGCAUCGGCGUAUCCCGAUUCCUCCACUUGUCUCGACACUCUCGACACAGCCGCUUCGCCCUCAAGCUCACACUGGGCAUCUCGCUCCUUUCCCUUCCUGCCUUUCUUCCGCCCGGCUCUCUCGGCAGGAUGUGGUUCGAGGACGUUCGGGGCGGCUGGGUCUUGGCGAGCUACCUCUACGUGCUGGAAGUCCAUACUGGGGCGAUCUUUCGAGUUGGAUUCUUCCGGAUUGUUGGGACCUUCUCGGGCGCGCUGUUUGCUUACAUUUUCGCACUGAUUGCGCGGGACAAUCCAUAUGCACUCGUCACUCUAGCAACUGUUAUGUCCAUACCGAUCUCUUAUAUCAUCCUCUUUACUACCUUCCCUGGUGUUGGUACCGUCGCCGGCAUCACCCUUCCUCCGCUACUCUUCCUAAACUACCUUGACCUGUCAAUGGGUCGUGAUCCUUUCUUUCUCGCCUGGACUCGCUUUAUCGACAUCACAAUCGGGAUCGUUGCUGCUGUCCUCGUCGGCUCGCUCAUCUGGCCAGAUCACGCACGCGUCCGCUACUUCUCGGCUGUCCAUACCACCCUCGAACGGCUGACAGAUUACUACCUCCAACUCUCUCGCGACAAUCUCCGUUCCACGCUACUAUACCAGUCCGACCAAAAGAUCUACUCCGACCUGGACCGGUCGGUGCGGCGCGAGAUUGCCUCGGCGCGCACACUUGUCUCUGUUCAGCGGAACGAGGUAUCUCUCCUCCCGCGUCCUAUCCGGCUGUAUGGCGAGGUCCUCGAUGCCGCUGAGCGAAUCAUCGAAACCCUCACUGAGAUUCGGUUACUCCGGUUCAGCGUGCCAAGAAAGGAGACAGUCCUCGAUGUCUUGCCGAUCCGGAGCGAAUUCGUCUCGGCCGUCCUGAUUAAUCUGUGGGCAUGCGGCCAGGCGUUUCGAUCAAGAUCGCCACUUCCGCAAUUCCUCCCUAUGCCCCGCGUUGCGCUGGAAGAGCUGACGCAGGCGGUAGACGAGCAGCGGAGAGAGGGGCGGAGGCGGACCAGAUCAAGCCGACAGGCGGGCGCGUCGGGGUCUUCAUCGCCGUCUGCGCCGGCUGCAGGAGGAAAGGGGAGCAGGGAACAGCUGGCGAUGCUGUAUGCGAUGGCGGAGCACGAGGCUUUGGGGGAGCUGUGCGAUCUGAUAGAUGAGCUUAUCGCGGCUGCGAGGACACUUUUUGGGAGCCAAACCUUUCUCGACACAGCAAUCAGACAGCCCUUCACUGAGGGAAUAUGA